GGCAUCAUGGGUGGCUUUUUCUCAAGUAUUUUUUCUAGUUUGUUUGGAACCCGGGAAAUGAGAAUUUUAAUUUUGGGAUUAGACGGAGCAGGAAAAACUACAAUUUUAUACAGAUUGCAGGUUGGGGAAGUUGUAACUACAAUUCCAAGCAUUGGAUUUAAUGUUGAGACAGUAACUUACAAGAAACUUAAAUUCCAAGUCUGGGAUUUAGGAGGGCAGACGAGUAUCAAGCCAUACUGGAGAUGUUAUUAUUCUAACACAGAUGCUGUUAUUUAUAUAGUAGACAGUUGUGACCGAGACCAAAUUGGCAUUUCUAACUCAGAGUUGGUAGCCAUGUUGGAGAAGGAAGAGCUAAGAAAAGCAAUUUUAGUGGUGUUUGCAAAUAAGCAGGACAUGGAACAGGCCAUGACUCCCUCAGAGAUGGCAAAUUCACUUGGGUUACCUGCUUUGAAGGACCGAAAAUGGCAGAUAUUCAAAAUUUCUGCUACCAAAGGCAUUGGUCUUGAUGAGGCCAUGGAAUGGUUAGUUGAAACAUUAAAGAGUAGACAAUAAGUUCAGUCACUUCUCUGAAAUGAAGAAUACAUCAACAUGAUCCCUUCGGCUGCAGUCACAUGUGCUUCUCACUACUAAACAUUAAAACUGUAUGAUUGUUGGCCUAUAUUGAACUGAAUGCCAUGUUUUUAAUAAAUAUGAAAAGUAAGUAGUGGAGAGGCAGCUUACCUUGAUUGAACAGACUGAAUGUUCUGUGUAACAUAAAAUAUUCCUUCCUUGCUUUCUUGUAUUAAGGCAUAUAUUUUAUUUGUAUUAAAUUCUUAUUCAAAUACAGCCCUAUUAAAGAAUAUACUUAUUGAGGAUAAAA